AUGCGGAUGUUCCUAGGUAUCUUCAUCGGAAUCUCACACGGAUUUCUAAAACAUCAACGUUCCUAUACCCAGCCAAUCGAGGAGGCACGAUCUAUAAACUCGACCAUAUUCUCAGCCAAUUUCCAAGGCCGUGUCUCCGAUAGCCGUACAUUCGACGGCGCUAGACUCAACACCGAGUACAUAUUCGGCGUUUUCACUCCUUCGUCAACCUUUAGCUUGUUUGGGCAGCCCACAUCCUACGAAAUCCUUCAUUUCACCGCCAAUCAAAAUAUCGCAAGCUCGACAACGCGAGUGGACUUUUCGAUUGCAAGCUUUCAUAAUACAUCCGUACCCGUACUAAUUGAUAUCUGGAUGACGUGGGAUGAGGAAAAGCGGAUCAAUCAGUAUGAUGUAAUGUUUCGCUGGUGGGGCUUCUUGUUAGACGAGCUUCUGAAGAGCAUACACGAAGACAAGGAAGUUGCAGAGCGCCUAGUCCUGCAGGAGCUAGUUACAUCCAUCUGCGACACGCACACGACACAUUGCACCAGAUCCAACGUCCAGUACCCCUCACGGGACGCUUGCAUGUCAUUCCUGCUCGGCGAAGUCCGCCUCGGCCACUCUUGGGAAUUCGGCAUGAACACGGUGAUGUGCAGGGGCUUGCAUCAUGUCAUGCUCAAGUUCCGGCCAGAUGUGCAUUGCAGUCACAUCGGAAAGACUGGAGGAGGCAUGUGUGAAGAUGACCAGACGUAUGUAGGUAAGGUCACGGAGAGCUACUUCACGAAUCCGCCGUGGAUCCCAGGGGACGUACCGAGGAUUGAUGGGCAAAGAUUUUGCAUGAAGACAUAG